GCGCGCCGGGUACACCGGGCGCGGCGGCGAGCGCGACAUCAUUACAUGUAAUGCGGAAGUCCGUGUGAAUCUCUUUCGUUCACCAUUCCUGUGUUUCAUUACAUCGAAAUUGCUGCUAACUUUUUUGAGAUUAAGUCCUCAUUUUCAUACCAUUUUCUAAUUUGAACUAACGCAAUCCUCCGCAAGCAUGUCUUGGGAUUCUUACAUCGAUAACCUCGUUGCUCAGACCAAAGAUGCGUCGGGUACCACCCAUUGCGACAAGGCGUGUAUAAUCGGUCUUGAUGGCGGAGCAAAGUGGACUUCAGAUACUCAUGGAAAUGCAUAUAAGAUUACUCCUACAGAGGGAGCAAAUAUUGCUAAAUGUUUCAAGAGCCAGGAUUUCUCUCCAUUCAUGGCUUCGGGGGUCUUUGGAGAAGGAGUAAAAUACCAAUUCUUAAGAGAAGAAGAUAAGAAGGUUGUGUUUGCCAAGAAGAAAGAUCAUGGAUCAAUCACUAUGCAGGCGAGUAAGACAGCUAUAGUACUCGGCCAUUGCCCUGAAGGGUGUCAGCAAGGGAACUUGAAUAAAGGAGUUGCAAUCAUAGCAGAAUACUUGGAAAGCCUCGGUAUGUAACGUGCACCUAACGAUGAGAUCUGUAGAUGGAAGAAGAUUUGACCUGGAUGAGAAUCAUUUGAUUGAGGAGCUAGGAGUACUGUAGAAUGCAACGCAACUUGAAUGAGGGAGCAUGAAAGAGAUGAAGGUUCAAGGACUGUUAAAUUAGGGCACCGACAUGAUUUCUCCAUUCACAGAUUAUAUAAGGUUGUAUGCUAAUGUUGCACGCCUCGCAAAUAUCAUUGUAUCAAUUUAACAGAAAAGAUACCAGCUGUAUAGCAGUGAAAUAGUUUAGUUUAAAUUCAAAUUGUGUUUAGCGACUCAUUUUGAAGGAUGACUGAAAAUUUUGGGUAGACAUUGAUGGAUUAUUUUUACUAAGUUCAGUGUUGCAAAUAUGGGAACUGUGAUAACAUUAAGUGAUGCUGCAAGCUUACAACAAGAUCCCACUAUACAAGCCUACAACAAGAUCCCAGUAUACAAGCCUACAACAAAAUCUGGUACAAGAUGUGCCGAAACUCCCAUCUGCACAAUGCACAGUUUUGAAUUUCAUGACUCGUCUGAUCUUUUCAAGAACAAUGGUUAACUACAUUUUCAGAACAUGGACAUACUGGCACAUCUGGAAGCAGAGAUUUUCUAUUAAUUUAAAUGAAUUCCUUUCUGAAUUUAUGAUUGCACACAUCCUUCACUUCAGGCUUGUGAGUUUGCAAAAUGCUUUUGGAACUUUCAAGAUCAACCCGGAUCGACCUUUGUCAAAUCCAAAGGAAACAUUCAGUAUUCUUAGAGAAAAUUGAUUUACCGUAGUCCGUGUCAACUGUAUUUUUCCCCCAAGGGUGAAUUGCCUGGAGUUGUAUUUACACAAAAAAUCCUAAAUAUAUGCUCCUGACUGCUCGCAAAUCAAGUUACCUUUCAUUCAUUCAGAGUUCUUGUACAACCAUGGAAAGUUUACUAAACUGCACAGUACAUUGUAGGUGUACAUGACCUUAAUUGGAGAAAAAAUUACAUUUAUCCCAAUGUGUUAUUUUAUAGGGUUGUCAAUAUCAUGCCUUAUUCAUGUACAUGUAAAUGGACUGCACAGUGUAUUUAUGUACUUGUCAUGUACAUGUACAUCCUGUUUGAUAGCAGUAUUCAACCAUUGUGCAGUCAGCAUGUACAUCUGUACCACCAUUUAAAAAACAAUUUGAGCAUAAAAAUAUAUGUACUCUUGAUUUUUGUUAAAGAGAAAGACAGAACCAAUCCUGUAGUUAAUCAUUCUCAAUUUAAAAAAAAAGGAAAACUGUUAAAGAGGAACAUUAAUUGUAUUUUUGUAGGCCUACCUGUUAUACAAUGUAUUCUGUACAUGUAGAUAGGCCUACAAUGAAUGUGAAAAUUCAGAUUAUUAAGGCUUACAUACUUGUAGCACAUUAUACGUUGCCAUAUUUUGACAGUCUGUAGUCGUUAUUUGUCUAAAAGCACCUCUUUUCAAAAUCAAUGCAUGGAAUUUGAAUAUUGAGCCUGUGUUAGUAUAAAACAAAGUCAAUUUGACAUUUGAGUUUUGACCUUUAUUUAAGCAGAGACCAAAAGUAACCCAUUCUCAAGUAGUAGCAUUCAUGUCUUCCAUAAGUUCCAUUAUGCCCAUUAUUGCAUUAGGUUGCUUGUUAAUUAUAUAUACACAUGUACUUGCCUUUCCCCCAACAUUGGUCUCAAGUUCUUUUCCAUCAGGUAAACCUUUAUUUACAGGUCUUUUAGGACAUAUUUUACAAACUGAAGCCCAGUUGCUUAUUCUUUAUUUUCUAUCUGGUUUUCAAUCCGCACAUCGUUUACAUUUUAUAUCAUUUCACCAUUGAAGUGUGAUGGGAAUAGUGGGGUAAGAUUUUUUUUAGCUGUUUUUCUCAUUUAACUGUUCAUUAUAGAGUAUAUGAUUUGCAAAUUAAUGAUAGAUUUUUAUAUGUGUAAUGGUAUUUUGCAUGCCAAAUGUUGGUAGCUGGCAAAUUUAGAAUUGAGUUCUUUAAAUCAUCUUUUGAAGAUAUAUAUACUGAGAUUUAUGAUUACAAGAUUAUCAUUAAAAUGACUAUUUGGUGAUAAUUAGAGUAGAAAAAAAUUAUUUACAUGUAAGUUUGAUAAUAAAACUACAUGUAUAUUGAAUAUGUACUACAUAGUAUACAUGGUGAAAAAAAAAUGUUUAAAAACUAUUAAUCAAUGGUGGUUUAUAGGUCUAUAGGUUUAUAGGUCUCCUUCUUUUAUACUUUUUUUAAAUAUAAUUUUUAGGGAUAGAGAUGUUUGAAUAAUUUCAAAAAGCUAUAAAUGUGCAUGGUGUAAACACUUUGUGUAUUUGAAAUGCUAAUACAAGAGUUGAAGUUUGAACCUGUUUUUUAUAAAAACAGAGGAUGCUCUGCUGUCAUGUGACAACAAGUAUUGUUAUUGAUCAGUUACCCAUGACUCUCUUUUUCAUCCUUAUCAUUAAUAAAUUUGUGCAUACAGCAUCUUUUUGAAAAAUUA